UAAACGCGGAAGAGGCAUGAUUUUUUUUUUUUUUUUACGCAAUCGGGCAGCACAGAAGUAGCACCUACCCACCUCCCCACACACUCAAACAUACGCACGUAAAUCACAUGAGCCCACAGGAAGACUUGGUGUAUUUUACAUGAAUCAUAAAAGGAUGAAUGGUGAAUCGAGUGUAAUGUGUGGCGUUUACUGGAAGACUGGGGGCAUGUCAGCCCACAGCCUCUCCGAGUGACAAAAACCUCAGUGUCUGUCCCAGGAUCAGAAAGAGCUUUGGCAAAUACCUGUUACAGUUGCUGGUAAAUAGUUCACCAUGUGCUAUUUAGGAGGCAAAAUAUUCAUAAAGGCAGAGCUGGUUAGUCCUGCUCCUGAAGAUACGUAAUAUGGACUGGAUGGAGUUUUGUCGUGGAAGCCUGUUGAUGACAAUGGUUGGUGAGGUAGUGUGUGUGUGUGUGUGUGUGUGUGUGUGUGUGUGUGUGUGUGUGUGUGUGUGUGUGUGUGAGAGAGAGAGAGAGAUGAGUAUGGGUGGGUGGGACAAUCAGGAGCGGUAUAAGUACCAGGUCCUGUUAGCUAAAGAACUCAAACUAAGAGAGUCACAGCCAAGCUUUUCCAAGACAAGAUUCUCCCCAUCAAAGGCAUCACUUGGACCGAGAACGGGAUCCAUAGCACUGUAGGAACACUGAGGAGGGAGGACUCUGCUCAGCAAGAAGAAAGCUAGCGGCUGGAGAAAAGAAACUGCAUUGAGGAGUCGGCGCAUUCGGGACUGGAGAAGCGGGGAGGAGUCAGAGCACCUUCAGUGAAGUGCGGUCAUCUAAAAUCCCAGCUCGCAGGAACCUGAGAGAUGGCCAGCCGUGAGGUCCCCGCAGUUCUUCGUGCCGUUGACCUGCAGUGCCCGACCAACAACCGCGCCCACCGCACAGACGAGACGGACACGGAGCGGCUGCUUCUGCGCAGGGGGCAGCCGUUCUCCCUGGUGCUGCAGUGCAGCAGCGCAUCACCACUGCCACCGAAGCAGAGCAUUAACCUCAUCCUGCACCUUGGAAAAGAGGGGGACUUGGUGGUGAAGGUGUCAGAGGCCCGUGGACAGCGGGGCCAGUGGUGGUUCCACCAGCAGGGGGCGCAGAAUGAGCUGCUCCUAACAGUGCACACGCCAGCGGAUGCACCUGUGGGGCUCUACAAGAUGACCGUUGUGCUGCUGGACGCUGAGGGGCACAUUCAGGAGCGUAUUCGUGCCGGAACAUUCUACCUGCUUUUCAACCCCUGGUGUAAAGCUGACGCAGUGUACUUCCCCGAUGAGGAGCAGUUGCAGGAGUACAUACUGAAUGAGAACGGUCUGCUGUACCAAGGCUCCUGGGACAUGAUCUCCUCCUUGCCCUGGAAUUUUGGACAGUUUGAGAAGGACGUAGUGGACAUCUGCUUUGAAAUUCUGGACAACUCGCCGGCAGCGCUGAGGGACCCGGAGAUGGACUCGGCCAAUCGGAGCGACCCGGUGUACGUGAGCAGGACUGUGACCGCCAUGGUGAACUCCAACGAUGACCGGGGCGUGAUCUCGGGCCGCUGGGAUGGGGAGUACUCGGAUGGUGUGGCGCCCACGCGCUGGACAGGCAGUGUGCCCAUCCUGAGGCAGUGGAGCAGCACUGGAGCGAGGAGAGUGAGAUACGGCCAGUGCUGGGUCUUCUCGGGUGUGGCCUGCACAGUUCUGCGCUGCCUGGGCAUCCCGACUCGCUGCAUCACCAACUACUCCUCUGCCCACGAUACAGACGGCAACCUCACAGUCGACUACUUCUACAACCAUGAGCUGGAGAACAUAUCUGCCGGCAAGAAGGACAUGAUCUGGAACUUCCACUGCUGGGUGGAGUCAUGGAUGACCCGAGAAGACCUAUCCGAGGAUUACGAUGGAUGGCAGGUCCUGGACCCCACACCCCAGGAGAGGAGUGAGGGUGUGUUCUGCUGCGGUCCCUCUCCAGUGAGAGCCAUAAAGGAGGGCGAGGUGGGUGUCAAGUACGACACGGCCUUCGUCUUCUCCGAGGUCAACGCCGACCUGGCCUGCUGGAUCGUGGAGCCGGACGGACAGCGGACCCCGGCCUCCCUGAACCAAGCCACAGUGGGUCGCAACAUCAGCACCAAGAGUGUGUAUGGAGACGAGAGGGAGGACGUCACCUCCCUCUACAAAUACCCUGAGGGCUCGAAGAAGGAGAGGGAGAUGUUUGAGAAAGCGGGCCGGAGGGUAUCUCAGCGGGGUGCAGGAGAGGGCCGGCUGGAGCUGGCGAUCAGGCACGCCCCAGCGGUGCACGGCACGGACUUCGACGUCAUCGUGGAGGUGCGGAACAAAGGCGGGGAAGACGUGCCGGCCAAACUCACCAUCACCUCCAGCGGCGUCACUUACAACAGCCUUCACCGGGGGGAGUGUCAGAGGCAGAAUGCCAGUGUCACCGUGCCAGCACUAAGGGCGCACAAGGAGGUGCUGCGGCUGCGCUACACCCACUACGCGUCCUGCGUCUCCGAGCACCACCUGAUCCGGGUCACGGCUCUGCUACAGACUGAUGGAGAGAGAAACGCCGUCCUGCAAGAGGUCAACAUCCCACUGCGCAUACCGGAGCUCCACGUCAAGGUGCUGGGGGAGGCUGUGGUGUCUCGCAGACUGACCACCCGCGUCACCUUCAGCAAUCCGCUGCCUGUCACAUUGAAAGGGGGCGUGUUCACACUGGAGGGGGCGGGACUCACCCCUGCAAGGGAAAUCCCAGCCCUAGGGGAUAUUGGACCAGGUGAGGACGUCACUGUCAAGUUCUCCUUCAAACCCACGCGACCCGGCUUACGGAAGCUGUUGGUGGAUUUCGACUCAGACAGGCUGAAGGAUGUCAAGGGGGUUGCCACGGUGAUCGUGCGGGGAAAGUGAGACCGGCCCCCAGGCCAGCAUGAGCUGAACGUCUUUUUUUAUCAGCUGUGGAUCUAAUGUAAAAAUAAUAUAAAAUUCUGUCAUGGGGCCCAAAAUGUCUAGCAGUACCCGUGCAGACACCAGCAGGCAUCAUCUUAUGCAAUGCGACCAGACCAAGCUUCCUCCUCGUGUGGAGGAAAGCGACCAUCAGCAGUUUCACACUGGGCUGUUAAAGGGCUGUUCCAGAUCACACCCUGUUGUUUGUUAUUUCGAGUUCGGUCCUCCUGGUCCCGUGGUUCUAGAAGGUGAACCUCAUAUUCAGGUAAACUGUAAUAGGACUGUAUAGCUGAAUUAAUUGUGUUCAUCUACUCUGGGUCAUUCUAUUUGUUAAUGCUUUAAUGUAUGGUGGAUUACAUAUGAAAAUAAAAAAUGUGUCAAUGA